UGAUAGCAAGGCGUGUCUUCCUUGUAGCCCCCACGUCUCACCACGGCUCCAGGUUGCUGCUACGCGUCUCUGGCACCACAGCGCGCCUACACACCACCACUGGCCUGCCAACACGCACGCUCGCACUGACAACAAGGAAAAUCAAGGAAAAGCAACAUGUGGGAGGCAUUUCUAGGUAUGACUGAUGUAAACAACACCGUCACCGUGACUGUCUCACUCAGGUGAGUGGACACCCCGCUGCUCCGUGGCGCCUGCCCCCACCCCCUCCAGUGAAGUUUACGUAGUCUAUCUGCCGGCAUCAGCGCCACUGAUACGCGUUAUCUCAGACAACGUUGUGAUGCUCCCAGCACGUCCCACCGCGGCAGUGUCCUCUUGGCGGCGCCCCGCGACACAGUCACCGCGGCAGCAUGGGCAUGGCGGCGGUGUGGGUGGUAGCGGCGGCAGUGCUGUGUGGCGCGGGGCGGGGGGCGGGGUUCCACCUGCUGGUGCACCCAAGCGGGCAGUGGAAGGUGCCUGAGGAUACACUGCACAACCUGACGGUGUCCCUCAGCCUCAACACCAGCGAGGCGGAGCGGGCGCUGCAGGGCGCGGCGGGGGCGGUGGUGGAGGUGGCGGCGCUGCACCGCAACUCUUGGCGCCUGGACUGGCAGCGUCGCGUGGCGCAGUUCUCGCCGGAGGAGGCCGCUGAGGGCGUGAACAAGACCCUCACCUUCUCAGGCUACUACUGGGGCAGGACGCACGUGGGCCUGUUCCUCACCCGGAACGACCUGCACCUCACACCCGAGGCGCCGCCCCACCAGGACUGGAGCUCGCAAGACGCCUGGGACGACCUGCACGCUGCCUUAGAGGAUGCUAACACCACCCUGGGCGACGUGAAGCCCGGCGCCAACCUCACCCUGCUCAACGAGAUAGAGAUCAACGUGGACCGCUCCGUGCACGUGUUCGAGACAGUGUUCAUCGCCCUGGGCUCCUGCUUCAUGCUCAUCAACAACAUCAACAUGGGCGCCCAGCUGGACAUGCGCAUCAUCUUGGACGUGCUACGCCGCCCACUUGGUCCCGCCUGUGGCUUCAUCUCACAGUUCGCCUUCAUGCCGCUGUCUACCUUCGCCAUGGGUUACUUCUUCUUCACGGACCCGCUGUACCGUCUGGGCAUCUUCACGCUGGGCUGCAGUCCCGGGGGCAUGAUGUCUAACUUCUGGACACUCAUAUUCGGCGGGGACAUCAACCUCUCCAUCACCAUGACCGCUGUGUCCACCGUCGCUGCAAUGGGAAUGAUGCCAAUGUGGAUGUUUACCCUGGGGCAGAAACUAACCCAGGGGGCGUCCAUGCAGGUGCCCUACGGUAACCUGGUGCUCUCCCUCAUCAGCCUCACGGUGCCUAUUGGGUUGGGCGUGGCUCUGAGGGCGUGGCGGCCGAAGUGGGCAGACAGAGGAGCUAAGAUCAUCAAACCCUUUACUCUGGUGGUCAUUCUGCUUUUCAUGUCGUUCUGGUUUUACAGCUCGUACAAGGUGUUCGCCAUGAUGAACUGGCAGAUGGCCGUGGCGGGGUUCCUGGUGGCGGGACUGGGCUUCGGGUUGGGUGCUUCUCUUGCCAUGGUCUUCUGUCUCCCCAAGGCGCAGGUCAUCGCUAUAUCCAUCGAGACGGCCUUCCAAAAUGGUGGAGUGGUCUUCAUCCUUCUCAAACUUUCCCUCCCCAGCCCUGACAGUGACCUCGCGGCGCUUCCUGCAAUGGCCACAAUGCUGCAAGUAGGGCCGCCCAUGAUCCUUCUCUACGCAGUGCUCACGAUCCUGCGGCGCUACUGUGGGUGUUGCCCCGUCGAGGAGGAGCAGAAGGCGGUCCCGGCGGAUGAGAAGCACAUGGAGGCGGAGAGAGCGAGAGAGAUCGAGGCGUUUCUCUCCAAGCCAGACAAGAAUAUUUUCACAGACUCCGUCAUGAAGGAAAACGAGAAACAGUACGGGCUGGUGCUGCAAGGGAUGACUAAGCUAAAACUGGCGGGAGACAUGCAGGAGACGAAUAUAGUGUAGGAUUGUGUGUGUGUGUGUGUGUGUGUGUGUGUGUGUGUGUGUGUGUGUGUGUGUGUGUGUGUGUGUGUGUGUGUGUGUGUGUGUGUGUGUGUGUGUGUGUGUGUGUGUGUG